CAAAAAUGGAUAAUACUUUAAUACAUUAUAUUUUUUAAUAUUUCUAAUUUCCAUGCAUUUAUGAUAUUCUGAAAUUUAAAUUUAGGGGUGCUUGUUUUGGAGCUUUCUUGUUUUGGAGCUUUCCAACACCUUGCCUUUCAAGUGACUGACACCUAACUUGAAAAAUACCUUCACACCACCACGCACCACCGUGCCCCACCUCCCAUCUCCACCGCACCACCACCACCGGCCCACCACCAUUGGUUUUCAUCUUCAUCUGGUAAAGGAAAGCUCGGAAAAAACCCAAACCCAUUUGGCAUAUUUGUUCUUUUGUGCGUAUUGAAUCGGAAAAUCUCUGCAUUUGGCAGUGGUUAAGAUGGAUAAGAGGAGUUGGCCUUGGAAGAAGAAGUUGUCUGAUAAGCAAGGAGCUGAUAAAGCAGCUGCUUCAGAAUUGGAUGCAGCUCUAGCCGAAAAGGAAAAACAAGAAGCCAGUAAAAAGCCAAAGUAUGUCCAAAUCUCCAUGGAAUCAUACACCCAUCUAAUCGGACUUCAAGAUCAAGUCAAGUUGUACGAAGAGCAAGUCCAGAGCUUAGAGGAUGAAGUAAAAGAGAUGACCCAAAAACUCUCCUUAGCCAACACCGAAAUGACUAACAAAGAAAAUCUCGUCAAACAACACGUCAAGGUCGCCGAGGAAGCUGUCUCAGGUUGGGAAAAGGCAGAAGCUGAAGCCGCAGCUUUGAAAACCCACCUCGAAUCUGUCACGCUGCUGAAGCUCACGGCCGAGGAGCGUGGGUCCCACCUGGACGGGGCUCUAAAAGAGUGCAUGCGCCAAAUACGCAAUUUAAAAGACGACCACGAAAAAAAACUGCAGGACCUAAUCCUGAGCAAGCAGAAUCUUUUCGACAAGACGAAGCUCGACAUGGAAUCCCGCAUCGCUGACCUGGACCGAGACCUGGUGAUGUCAGCAGCCGAAAACGCCGCGCUCUCGAACGCGCUCGUCCAGCUCAGCGAAGAGAAAUCUCGAGCCGAGGCAGAGAUCGAGACACUCGAGAGGAAAAUCGAGUCGUGUGAGAAGGAAGUGAGCUCGCUCAAAUACGAGCUUUAUGUUGCGCAGAAGGAAGUCGAGAUUCGGAAUGAAGAGAAGAACAUGAGCGUUCGGUCUGCUGAGGUGGCGAACCGUCAGCAUCUCGAGGGGGCGAAGAAGAUCGCGAAGCUCGAGGCCGAGUGCCAGAGGCUUCGUGGGCUUGUGAGGAAGAAGUUGCCAGGCCCAGCUGCCCUUGCCCAGAUGAAGCUCGAGGUUCAGAGUCUGGGCCCAAACUCGGCCCAUUUUCCUGAGUUCGGUUCACAAAAGUAUCUCAAGGAGAAUGAGCUUCUUACGGAACGUUUGCUUGCAACGGAGGAAGAAAUGAAGAUGCUUAAGGAGGCUCUUGCAAAGCGUAACAGCGAGCUGCAGGCUUCUAGAAGCUUGUACGCGAAAUUGGAAGCAGAAAUUCAGGCGAGUGGCGAGCAGAAGAGUGAAAAGAAUGUGGAUAGUCCGAACAAGUCUGAAUAUGCGAGUAGAAGUAAUGAUCUUGACCUGAUGGAUGAUUUUGUGGAGAUGGAGAAGUUGGCUUAUUUGUCGAAUGUGGAUUUGGAUAAUAAUAGUAAUACUGGCAAAAGUGGGCCCGAGCUUUUGAAUAAUGAAGUUCUGGUUAAGCUCUUUGUCGAACUGCAGUCGAAGAUAUCCAUGGUACUCGACUCGAUUUCUCAUGAAAAAGAGAGGGAAAAAGUUGCAGAGGACAUUAGACGUGUGGUGCAUGAUUUGCAUGAAACUAUGAGAUUCCAAACGGUUUGUGUCAGUCAAGAAUUACAAACUGCCAUCGAUCAUAUUUACAAUUUCAUAACAAUUCUAGGGAAAGAAGCUAAGGCUACUGUCCCCGGAGGACUGAGCGAAAAACUCGACACUUUCACUGCCAAGUACAGUGAAGAGGCCAAAUAUAGCGAGAUUAAUUCAAAUGAAUUUGUUCUGGACAUAUCUGGUGUGCUGAAUAAGGCGAGCGAGCUCCAUUUCAACGUAUUGGGAUUCAGAGGCUCUGAAGUGGAAACUGGCAAUUCGGAUUGUAUAGACAAGAUUGUUCUCCCAGAGAACAAACCCGUUUCAAAUUCUUUAGAAAAGCUAUAUUCGUCAAACAGCUGUGCCCGUUUUUCAGAUUCAUCAUCCGAUGAAGGGAAUCUUGUCCCGAUUUCUGAGUCAACAGCUGCCCCAUGUAAGUGGUCAAUGGAGGAGUUUGACCAGUUGAAAACGGACAAAAAUAACCUUGCGGAUGAGCUUGCUCGAUGCAUGGAGAAUUUUGAGAGUACGAGGUCUCAGUUGCUAGAAACAGAACGGGUUUUGGGUGAGGUGAGGUCACGGUUGACUUUGGCUGAGAAGUCAAACAGUUUGGCCGAGACACAGCUCAAAUGCAUGGCCGAGUCUUACGAAUCACUUGAAACGCAUGCGGAUGAACUGAAGCAUGAAGUAAGUGUCCUUCAAGGGAAGAUAGAAAGUUUGGAAGGUGAGUUAACAAAAGAGAAAAAGUGUCACGAGGAGGCAGUUAAAAGAUGCAAAGAUCUUCAAGGGCAGCUCGAAAGGAUUGAUUAUUCAGUAGCAGCUGAGAAUGAUGACAAAACUAGCCAGGAGAAAGAGCUAGCAGCUGCAGCUGAAAAGCUGGCCGAGUGUCAACAAACUAUUUUCCUUCUCGGCAAACAGCUUAAGGCCCUUCGUCCACAAACCGAGACCUUAACUCCUCUAAACAACGCAAGAAGUGAAAAUGUUUUUCGGGAGGAACCAACCAUAAGUGGCACUGAAAAUUUGCAAGAAUUUACCGAAUUAUCUGAACCUGAUACUUCCCAUUUACAUACAGCUGGAUCUGAGUCUCCCAUGAACCCAUUCAACUCCACAUAUACUCAAUCAAACUCCGAAGCUAACAACUUUAUGAGAUCACCAAUUAGCUCAAAGUACCCUAAACACCGCCCCACAAAAUCGGGCUCGUUUACCAGAUUCUUUUCCACCAAAGGGAAAAAUUAGCCCUUUAACGUACUCCGAUUAAAAAGAAGAAGAAAAAAAGAAAUGAUGAAUUGGUUGAACUAGCUUUACAGUUAUUUUU